AUGCCUGUUCAAUUUUCCAUAUGGGAGAAGCUUAAGCUAGCUUUCCGUUUAACAUGUCUCGCACCCUGGCAGAUAUUCGUCUCCAUUGUACGCUCCCUCACGAUCGCCUGGGUCAGAGGCAUCCCAGUACGCAUGUUUAUUGUGUGCGCAGCCGUCAAAGUGUUUCUCGGAACUUUCUCUCCCCGGCAGAUUCAGUAUGUGUCUCUCUCAACCAAAGAUGCAUACAAAUCAUGGAUGGAGCGAAGAACUGCCAAGGCAAAGAAGGCCGGGAAUACUGAAGCUAUCGAAAGACUUUCCUACGAUAUAGAGCCUCUAGAGGACGGGCAUUCGUCACUCCUUUGGAUGGGUAAUCGACGGAAAGCAAAGAAGAUCGUUCUGUUCUUCCAUGGUGGUGGAUAUAUCGCCGCAUUGUUGCCUGGGCAUUUGGAAUGGUGUUGGAGAGCCUACGUCGCUGCGGGUGUCGAGAUGAAAACCGAAGUCGCUGUGGCAGUCCUCCAAUACACGCUCUGUCCCGAGGCGAGAUAUCCGGUUCAACUCCGCCAGGCUGCCAGCGGCUUGGCCCAUCUUCUACGCCAAGGAGUCCGUCCUCGAGACAUUGUUAUUGGAGGAGAUUCUGCGGGAGGAAACUUGACAGCUCAGCUACUGAGGCACCUUGCUGAGCCACAUCCCACAGUCCCAAGAGUUAUCUUGUCCGAGCCACUGCUGGGUGCAUUCCUUGUCUCACCAUGGGUGACUCGACGCACCAAUGAUGCUUCGUUCUCGGAAAACUCUUGGAUUGAUAUGCUUUCGGCUCCGACUGUGGAUAAGUGUACUAAAGAGCUACUGGGCCCUACAGAAACCGACGAGAAUCACGAAAAGUCGGCCAUCCUCGCCUGCCCCCUAGACGGGGAUAAGUCUUGGAUGAAUGGAAUCACUUCUAUUCUUGAUCGAAUGUUCGUCACCGUUGGAAGCCACGAGGUCUUCCGAGACCAAGCGGCGGCUUUCGUUCAUGAGGUGCAACAGUCAAACCCGGGGCUGAAUGUACAGUUCGCGUUGCAGAGGAGGCAAGCCCAUGACUUUAUCUUGUUGGAGGCUCAAGAGGAACGUGACGGAGAAUGUAUCCUGGAAAUGAAGGAAUGGAUGAAAGAUGUGUUGGCAGUGACGAUUCAGCAUCGGUCGGAGUGA